CGGAGCGCGCCAGUCGAAGGCGAGACUUCGCUCGCGCAGCUUGUCUUCGUUUUCUCUCGCAAAGCUCGUUCCUUCCUUCCUUUUCUCUCUCUCUCUUUCUCCUUUAUUCGUUCGUUUGUUCGUCCGUUCGUUCGUUCGUCCGUUCGUUCGUCCGUCCGUCCGUUCGUUCGUUCGUUCGUUCGUUCGUUCGUUCGUUCGUCCGUUCGUCCGUUCGUUCGUUCGUUCGUUCGUUCGUUCGUUCGUUCGCUCGUUCGAUCGUUCGUUCGUUCGUUCGUUCGUUCGUUCGUUCGUUCGUUCGUUCGUUCGUUCGUUCGUUCGUUCGUUCGUUCGUUCGUUCGACAUUCGACGUUCGGAAGAACGACCAACGCUGACGUCUUAUUCGAGUUAAUCUUCGACGAGGAAGAAACUCGUUGUUUUCCUUAUUAGUUGAUACAAAGUUUGAAAAAAUUGCGACGCUAAGCACAGGAAAAUUUACAGCACGACUCCGCCACGUGGAGACGCGUGCUAAAGGAUUUACGCUUGGAAGAAAAAGCGAUUAAUUUAUUUAAGAAAGAGGAUAGCAAGAGGAAUAGAAGAAACUGGAUCGAUUUAGAUCUCGAGAUUUUUUUUCUAAGAAAAGUCCUUUCAUGUAGAGCCUUCGGACAAGGAUCGCAAUGAUGCACCGUCGACGAUCUCUCUUGUUUCUCGUGCAGACGGUGUUUUUAGCAGUUUGUCACGGGAUCCAGCAAUUCGAAGAAACACCACAGUACACGGAAGUUAAUCCUGGUCAGGAUGCAAAGUUGAUCUGUCGCGUGCUCGGCAAAAGGGGUCAGUGCAUUUGGCAGAAGGAUCAAAAGCCGAUCGGAAUGCACCUGAAGAAGUACGAGUGGGUCGGCUCACCGGACAUGGGAGACUGCUCGCUCUGGGUCAGGUCGGCCACCUUGGAAUUCGACGACGGUUUGUGGCAAUGCCAAGUCACUGCCAGUGAUUUCACGACGCAAGACGCUUUAGCAUCGGAACAAGCUAGGCUGGUCGUCAGGGUCAGCCCUCGGCGACCGCAGAUAGAGUACGACAACCAUCCUAUUUUACCUGGCAGCAACGUGACAGCUCGAGCAGGUGAGAUCGCUACGCUCACUUGCAGAGCGCGGUAUGGGAAUCCUCCGCCUCUAAUUAAAUGGUACGUCGGCGAGACGGAGAUCAGGACGCUGAGGCCUCAGGUAAACUCGACGGAACUAGAUAAUCCCCGUACUUGGGAGACCUACAGUGUUUGCGAGAUUUUGGCGGAGCGGUCACGUUACGGAGCGCCGAUCCGAUGCGUCGCCAUUCAUCCUGCUUAUGCCAAUCCCACCAUGUCCUCCAGCACCGAAGUGAGAUUCGACGUAAAAUACGCACCGGAAACACGAUUGGUGGGUGUGCCGAACGGACAGUUGGAAGAAGGACGAGAUAAAUUGGAAAUAAGGUGCCUGGCCGACGCAAAUCCACCGGCUUCGAUAAUUUGGAGGCGUACGAAGAGCCUUAGCGUCACCGAUAUCGCCAGCAUCGGGGAGACCCUUUUGUUCUCGCCAGUUUAUAGGAACCACGCGGCCGAGUACAUCUGCGAAGCGACCAACACCGAGGGUGAAAGUAGCCCUGUCAGGGUACAAGUGUCCGUAAACUAUCCACCUACGAUCAGCUCGGUCGGCCCGGAAUGGUUGACUACGGCAUUGCUUUACUCGGGUGCAUCGUUCGAGUGUCACGCCGAUGCGAUGCCACCGGCUGAAUACAGAUGGGCCCAAAUCUUUACCGACAAUCGAAUGCCAGUGGAAUGUGGAACCGGCCAAAGAUUGAUCCUCACGAACGUGACUUACGAGCAACAAGGCCAGUACAUAUGUCUAGCCUCGAACAAGAUCAAUGGACACGUCAGGGAGGUUAAAAGCGACCCGGUGUCUUUGCAAGUGGUCGGUGCACCCAGGGUGGUGAAGCCAACGAUCACGGAGAAGUACGUCGUAGCAGCGACGGAAGGCAGCCCGGCAAGAUUAGAGAUCAGACUCUGUUCCAAUCCGAAGCCUCGUCUCGUCGCAUGGGAAUGGGGCAGCACCAGACUCUACGCCGGUUAGACAGCUUCCUACUUCGAUCUACCCUCGAGAAAAUUCGAAUCUUUCGUUUGCCUAGUUUCUUUUUUUACGCGAGGUUUUAGAAUCUCGUUAUCGCGCUCUGGAUUUAGAGCCACUGGCGUCCGAAGACUGUUACGUAGCGAUUUUGGAACUUACCAGUACGGUUAAGGAGGAUCAAAGACUAUAUCAUGUUAUCGUAGAGAAUGAUCGUGGAAGCGAC